AUGCGCCACAACGACGACAGCAACACGGUCGACGUUCGUGUCAUUGGUCCCAAAACGAUGAAAGACCGUGUCCUUACGGGCCUCGUCACGGAUUUUGCGAAAUCUUUGGCGAAAUACUUUGGCGCCGACCGUUUUCGCUGGGAACGCGACUACGCGCCGUCCUGCGACGCGAAGCACGACGCCUUCUUGGUAUGCGGUGAAGACGAGAGCAGCGACGAAGAUGAAGCCGACGAGGACGACGAAGACGAAGCCGAGGUGCAUACGAUCCGAUCCGUGCUUGGGACGGGGUUGUGGGCGUUCCGUCAAGACGUGUGCUUGACGGUCGCAUCGGGCAGCUGGGGACUUGUCUCGGAUCGCGAACGGCUUUCCGAAUUGACCGAGAUGGUCGGCAGAGCGAUCCGAAGAAGCGCGCAGCAAAGAAGCAACUUUAUCGACAACCGCCGCGUGAACCGCGAGGUCGCCGAUGUUCUCGGAAGCGGCGCGUCGUUUCCAGACUUUUGCGCGCCGCUGAGAAAGGCGGUGGCGUACAAGACGUUUUCCAAGUCCAACUAUCGCCGUUGGUGCGUGACCGUGUGGAUGGAUUCGGGAGCCUACACGACAUGGGUCACCAUGGGCCAGCCCGACGAGGCCGCCUUCAUAUUCUUUGGCAAAAUCGAAGGUUUCUUGAUGCCGAUCAACUCUGGGAUGCACUGGACGCUCGACAAGAUCACCUCGCCCGGCAAGCUUGCGGGUCCAUGA